UGGAACGGCCGGCGCAUUCGCACAGUUCCAAGUUGACAAUCGAGCGAAACGCAAUGCGAAAGUUGGCGAAGCGGAACAUUUUGUGGCUGCUGUUGCUGCUGCACUCAGUUGCAGCUGCUUUGACCUUGGGCGAGGCGGACUUGGAGUCGGAGUCGGAGUCGGUUCCACAUCGUCGCGUGAAGCGCAUUGUGGGUGGCAAGAGUGCCAAAGCGCCGCCCGUCGAUGAUCCGGUUGUGUUUGCCCGGCUCUACAAUCGCGACACUCGCAUCGAGGGCUUCCGGAACACCCGAACGGGCAUCUACAGCUUCCUGGGCCUGCACUAUGCGGAGCCGCCGGUGGGGCAGCUGCGCUACUCGCGGCCCGUCUACAAGCGGCUCAGCGGGGAUAUCAAUGCCACCAGGCAUGGCCCGCCGUGCAUCCAGCCGCAUCCGCAGCAGCCGCAGCGCAUCGUCGGCGAGGAGGAUUGCCUGCUGUUGAAUGUGUAUACGCCGCAGAUGCCGGACGAGACGACGGGCUUGCCGGUGUUUGUCUGGAUACAUCCAGGUGGCUUCCGCUUUGGCUCGGCGGCUCAGUACGACGCCACGCCCAUGGCCCAGCAGGGGGCGAUUGUGGUGGCGCCGCAAUACCGCCUCGGCUCGCUGGGCAUCCUGGGCGACGGCACCAAGGAGUUCGACGGCAACCUGGCCAUGUUCGAUCUGGCCACAGCGCUGCGCUGGGUCAGCGAGUAUAUCUCCCAGUUCGGCGGCGAUCCCAAGCGGGUGCAGGCGAUUGGCCACGGCUCAGGUGCCGCCAGCGCCAUGUACCUGUCCAUGUCGCGCACGGCCCGCAGCGCCGGCGACAUCCACGGCGUGGUGGCCAUGUCGGGCACUGCGCUCUCUCAAUACGCCAUGGACAAGGAGCCGGUGCAGAGUGUCGAGGAGGUGGCCAAGAUUAACAACUGUCCCACAGGCAAUGAGCUGGAAAUUGUCAAGUGCAUGCGAGCGAAAUCCGCCGUGGAUAUCAUCAAGAACGAUGACAAAAUACAAACAGAGCGCCUGGCUGGACGUGCUCUGGUCAAGGGUCUCACAGGCAACGCUGGCUUCCAGCCGCACAUGGAGGCCGAGGAGGACUAUCGCUCGCUGCCCAGCAUCAUAAUAGGCGAGCCGGAGGCGCAGCUGCGCAGCGGCAAUUAUACGGGCAUUCCCCUGCUGACCGGCGUGACCAAGCACGAGACGGCCAACUCGGUGUCUGUGGAUACGCUGAACAAGGUUUACGGCUCGGCCGAGAAGUUCUUGGGCUCGCUGCAAGGCGCACUGGAGCAGCUGACGGGCUUCCUGCGCAUCGACGAGCUGACUGGAGGCAUAGCGAAGCCCGUGCUGCCCGGAUUGACCAACGCGCUGACGCCCACGCUGCAGGAUGUGUGGAAGGUGCCGCAGGCAUUGAACGUGGAUCAAGUGCUGGCCAAGGUGGUGGAGUCCACCACCGACGUGCUCUUCAACCUGCCCGCCGUGCUCACCACGCAGGUGUGGUCCAAGCUGGCGCCCGCCUACAUGUACAGCUUCGAGUACAACGGCACCAAGUCGAAGGGCAUCCACUUCCUGCACGGCCUGCCCAUCGUGGCCGAGCAGGCCCAGAGCAGGCCGGAGCUGGUGGCUCACGGCGACGAGCUGGGCUACAUGUUCGAUGCGAACGACAUCUUCGGCGAGCCGCUGCUGGAGACGUGGCUCACCGACGAGCAGGAUCUGAAGGUGCGCCAGAACUUGAUUGAUAUGCUGCUGCAGUUCGCCCAGCCGAAGGACGAGCAGAGGGAGGGAGUCACGGCGAAGCUCUUCCAGAGCAUCUCGAGCAAGGGCACGCCUUUCAUCAAGGUCGACACUCAGCUGGAGGCAGCCAGUGAUUUUCGCUUCUGCGAGCUCUCCGUCCUGGGCGCAUCCCUCUCUCCGCUCAGCUCCACCAGCUGCGCCGCCCUCGGCAGCGUCCUGGGCCAGCUGGGCGGCGGCCUGGGCCAGACGGUGGGCGGCGUUGGCAAGACUGUGGGCGGCAUUGGCAACACCCUGGGUCUGGGCGGCGUUGGCCUCACCGGCAGCCAAAACAAUGGSAAGAAACGCGGCGGCGGCGGCUUGGGUCUGGGUUUGCUCUAAGUUCUCAUUGCCAUA